AUGGGAUAUGCCUUAGGUGCAUUGAAAAAAGCAAAAAAAAACAUUCGGCGGGUGUUUUCAGAAACCGAUACUGCUGACGAUGCGGAGGAACUCUAUCGACUACUAUCAAUGAAACCAUUAAAACCCUUACUGCUGGUUUAUUCCAGUGUCAUUUCAGCACACAUUUACUACGCGGUUGGGGAAGGAUGUACCACUUCAGGUUUGGUACAUGAUGUUUGCGAAGACCUUAAAAAAAGUGCGACUGAUGGGUACUUUUCAAUGCCGGAAGAGGCCGAGAAACUCCUUCAGAUUUUUUCUAAAGGGUACAUACAAGCUCUGGGAAUUUGCAUUCAGGAAAUUGCCUCAGGCAACUUCUUUGCACCUACACUUCCUUCAGUCGGUAUUUAUUUUGUUGAGGGUACGGUUAAUAGCUUUCCCCGGGCAGCAUACAGUGACUUUCUUCGGGGACAAUAUUCACCCAUCUACAAAGGGCAGCCAAAUGGCACUGUAAAGCAAAAGUCUGUGAGCGCAAAUACGAUUCCGGGUGAAGGCGGAAACUGGACGAACAGUUUACAUUACGUGACUGGUGGCGUGAAGUUGACUGGUGGUGGUGAAGGUCCUCCUAUGAAGCCUGUAUGCGACGACGACCUCAUGCUCGUUAGCUUCAAGCGAAACAUUGGUGAGGACUUGGGGAUCACAGUUGGACUCCAGGAAAAGGGGGCGUCGGUGGGAUACGUGCGUGAUGUUUACGUGAAGCGUGUGAUGGUCGGCUCACAGGCGGAGCGGCUCGGCCUCCUUGGCGAGGGCGACAUCAUCCGUGAGGUCAAUGGGGUGCCCAUCGACAAACCGGAGACUCUUCAGGAGCAAAUAGCCAAAUCACCCCCAACCGUGACAUUAAAAAUCAUCCCUGCCCACAAGGACCCCAAAGUCAAAUCUCAGCUCUACGUACGAGCUCUCUUCACGUAUGAUCCGGAAAAGGACAAACUGUUGCCCUGCAAGGAGGCCGGUCUCCGAUUUCAGUGCUAUGACAUCCUCCAAGUGCUCAACCAGUCAGAUCCUAACUGGUGGCAGGCUCGCCACUACGACUCCAGUGAACAUGCUGCUCUCAUACCCUCCGAUACGCUGGAAGAAAGACGUAAAACUCUGGUUGAAAGCCUCCCCGGAACUAACGCUUUUAGCUACAAGUUCUUCAAGGGACUCGUGAAUAGCCAAAAAACUAAAAAGACCAAGAUCAUUUUCAAGGCCAAGGAUUUUGAGGCCUUCACAUCCAAAAACGUUUGCGUGUACGAGGAGGUGGCGCUGAUAUCAGGAUUCCAGAGGCCCGUAAUCUGUCUGCUGGGGGCUCCAGGAGUGGGGAGGCAGACGCUUCGUGACAUGCUUAUCGAGGACAAUCCUGAACGAUAUGAACUAGCCGUUCCCUAUACGUCCAGAGAGCGGCUUCCAGGCGAACAGGACGGCGUUGAUUUUUUUUUUGAAAAAGCUCGGAAAAUGCAAAGCGGCUAUCAACGAAAUCACUUCAUUGAGUUCGGAGAGGCGGACGGGGCAUUCUACGGUACGAAGGUAAAGACACUGCGGCGGAUUGCACAGUCGGGGAAGACGUGCCUUUUAGACUGCAGUCCGUCUGCCGUCAGUCGCAUCCGCACCGCUGAGUUCAUGCCCUUCGUAGUCUUCCUUGCUGCACCCUCCUGCAACUGCAUGAAGGCCAUGUAUGAGUAUGGCCGCAGCAUGGGUCUCACCGAGGCCUGGAAGCGCGAUGAGGAUUUUCGCAGAACACUCGAAUGUAGUCAGGAGAUCGAGCGAAACUAUCGCCACCUCUUCGACAAGAUUGUGAUCUGUGACAACAUCGAAGUGACGUUUACCCGACUGAAAGAAAUUCUGGACGACCUAUUGGUGAGGCCACAGUGGGUGUCAGCAAAGUGGCUGUAUUGA